AUGUGUGAUUAUUGUCGUGUGUUGAGUUUCGUCUGUGCGCUGUUCGUGAUCCGGUUUUUGGGGUGCACUAAUGUGACAUACAGCGGGGUCUUAUCAAGCGAGUGCGUCACGCAAUACUACCGCAUGUUCAUCACCCGCCGGGUCCCACCCCGCACCUACCUGUACUUCCACGAAGCCACCCCCCCUCAGCAGCUAGAGCCAAGGAAUGAAGACUCGAGGGAUGCUGACAAACCCGUCACUAUUGACUGGAGGAUAGUAGGAGGGAGCCAGGUGACGAUAGAGCAGGUUCCAUACCAGGUGCUGUACGGCCUCUAUUGUGGAGGCACCAUCAUUGCUCCCGAGUGGAUCAUCACAGCUGCGCAUUGUAAGACGAAAGAAACCUUCGUACUAGCAGGGUCUUCACAACGCAGCUUAGCCAAGAAGUACCGCAUCUGUGCCCACUUCGUGCAUCCCUUGUGGAACACCACGCGCCUUCACUCCCACGACUAUGAUUACCAGCUCGUGUUGUUGGAGACGGCUAUUCCUGUCACUCCUAGCUCGAGACCUAUUGCUAUAGGGGUUACUGAGGAUAUUGUGGAAGGACAGCUGGUUUCUGUCAGUGGGUGGGGACAUACGAAGUAUAAGCAACGCGUAAUGCAAGACAUAGUGCGGCGAGUGCGGGUACCGGUGAUGGCGCCUGCGCAGUGUAAGUCGCUCCCGCUUACCAACUACAAGACCAUCACGCCGCGGAUGUUCUGCGCAGGGUAUCUUAACGGGACCAAGGAUUCUUGCCAGGGCGAUUCAGGAGGUCCAGCGGUCAGCAACGGCAAGCUAGUAGGCCUGGUUUCCUUCGGAGUCGGCUGUGCCAUGAAGGAGCAACCAGGGGUCUACAGCAACAUCCCCCUGGUCAGGGGCUGGAUCCGACAGGUCACCGGGUUGCCGCUUUGAGGAGAUAAACUGGUCAUCAUGAUGUUAUUGGUCAUUGAGUUAACGUGUCGAAAUAAAUUAUUAUUUACAA